AUGACCACCCACGCCUCGAUCCAAGACCGCACGCCCGAAUUCCGCUCCAUCCUCACCGCCGCACAAAAGUCUCUGGCCCGGCAACGAAAACCCGGCGCGCCCAUCACCUCGCAACAAUCCCAACCCCUCCUCUCGCAAAAUGGAACAUCCACCCCACCCACGCGCAAACAACGCAGCGAAUUCGCCCGCAAUGCCGCGGGAAUCGGAAGAGGCAUCAGCGCGACAAUGGGAAAACUACAGCGAUUGGGAGAACUGGCGAAGCGGAAAACACUAUUCGACGACCGGCCGGUGGAGAUCGCCGAGUUGACGUAUGUGAUUAAGCAAGAUCUCGCUGGGUUGAAUCAGCAGAUUGGCGCGUUACAGCAAUUACAGCGCCAGACGACCAUGGGAGGCAGUGGCGCAUCAAAGGGUGGAGCGGAGCAAGAAGGAGAACACAACAAGAACGUCGUCGUCCUACUACAAGGCCGCCUCGCAGACGUGGGAGUCAAUUUCAAAGAAGUCCUCGAAGUGCGCACCAAAAACAUCCAAGCCUCGCGCACACGACAGGAAGGUUUCGUGUCCUCCGUCGCAACCCAACAACAAGCAUCACAACCCCAAGCCGUCUCAUCUGCGCGCCUCGAUCCAGGCAGGACGGAUUCUCCUCUCUACCAACCGCCUUCCCGCAACCGCAGUCCCAAACCCGGCCAACAAACCCAAGACGUCCUCUCACUCGACCCUUCCUCUUCUUCCGCCCUCUAUUCCUCCUCCUCCGCCACUCAAUCCUCCCAACAACAACUCCAACUCAUGGAAGAAGGAACCUCGACGAACGCCUACAUCUCCCAACGCGGAGAAGCCAUCGAAGCGAUCGAACGCACCAUCAAUGAACUGGGAGGCAUUUUCGGACAACUCGCGCAGAUGGUCUCUGAGCAAGCGGAGCAAAUUCAGCGGAUCGACGCGAAUACGGAUGAUGUGGUGGAUAAUGUGGAUGGCGCGCAAAGGGAGCUGAUGAAGUAUUGGAGUCGAGUGCAGGGGAAUCGGUGGUUGGUGGCGAAGAUGUUUGGGGUGUUGAUGGUUUUCUUUUUGUUGUGGGUGCUGAUUGCGGCGUGA